GGUAGUUACUCGAGUUCUUGAUGCCUUCAGAGGGUGCAGGGGUUUUUGGCUUAGGAGGGGGAGGGCGUGUCUUUCGUAAAGAAUAGAUAGACCGACUGGCAAUUAUCAUGGCAAUCAAGAAGUACAGCCAUCUCCGGUGAUUCAGCUGUGUCAACAUGCCAGGGACACGGGAAAACAAGCCCACGGCCAAACAUACGUGUCUCGGUCCCGAGGUUACUUCUCCAAUCCAGGAGAGAGGAGAAACUGCCCGGUCCAAGGGUAAUUUUGCUAGCUAUCGUUCCUUUCCUGCUCUACAUCUCAGCCUACCCCUAGCCACUAAAUUAUCGCGGUCAUCAGGUGUUGAUCUGCGAACGGGCCAAUACUGCUUCAACUCCAGCCCUUGUGUCGACGUGCCCACCAUCAAGAGUCAGCUGAACGUUUUUGGUCCUUCUUGGUCAGUGCCCAUAGGCACGACUCAACAGUUUGAUCGUCGAUCUAUCGGGAGUUCUGGAGCUAGAAUGCCUCACGGGUGGCAGCAUGAAAGAAAAGGAAAUGAAAUAAAGCCACACGGAUGGGAGCUGAAGCGCCAAAAAAUGAUCACGAUGUCGGUUACCUACCGCGUUCACACCGAACCAAACACGGCGUGUUGGUUUGAAAGACGUUGGGGAUCCUCCUAUCAGGCAACGCUGUCUACAGGAGCACGGUCAUGCCCGGGAGACAGAGCUCCAAGCUUUUACAAUGUCAACACCGGAAACGUUAUCGUUAGCAAUACCAAAAGUCGAUCUCGUGAGACAUCACACGCCGGGUUAGAAGUUGAUUUUCUGCCUACUUUCCAAGCCAAUUACCAGCUCUCGGAGUGUCAGCCCGCUGCCCGCGGUUGCAUGCCCAACGUGGUUCAGCCUCAAGAGCAACGCCCCGGUGAGUCCCGCGCUCCUCAGCCCUGCGUUACUGGUUGUCAUACCCAGGAGGAGGGCCUGGAGGGGGUCAUUGGAGAAUGGGUUAUGCAACAACGUGAACUAACGCUUUGUGAGAAAUACGCCUCUGAUUCAAACGAAGUAUUCCUUGAUCACUGGAAUAUUGGAAUGCACCAUGCUUCUGGACUAUCUCCUAUUUGGGCUCGAAUACCACCUACGUUUCAUGGUAAACCACCACCUAGGACCAGGGCAGCGCUUGCCUGGGCUGUGGACUUGCCGAGAUAUCCCUUUAGCCUGUACGCUCCACCUAUCGAUCUCACCCCCGCAACCAUGCUUGAUCCUGCCUCGUUGGCGGUCAUUACCGUGGCAACUCCAAUCAUUGCAACAGUAGCCACGGUGGGGGUGGGCGUUCUUGCGGCUACGGUUACUGUAGCCGUACCCGCUCUCAAACAUAACAUGGAAGGGCUCAGGACUGAACGACGUUUCUCCAAGCUCAAUGAGGCUGUGCUUCAUAGAAACUACAGGGAGAUUGUUCGCCUUGUUUCAAAGAUCAAGAAUCUACAGCGACGAGGACGGACUUUGAACGAUUUUCAACUGGCGGAAUUGGCUCAUGCUGAGAAAGUUCUGUCUACUCUUUGAGACGAUCGUUACGGACUCUGUUCUGUGAGCCGGUGUUAACAAUGUUUGACGAGACUGGCAAAGGUCGUCCUAGAAACUCUUGUCCUUGGCUACUUUGAUUUCAGCACUUAUCAUUUUUGUUCUUAUUAUUGUUCGUGGUUUCGGGGACAUCGGCUCUAUUUCUGUUUGUUCUUCCCCUUGUAUUGCUCCAGGG